CAGCGGUUCGCUACAAUGAUUUUCAUAGGUGAUUCAGUUUCAGUACACUUUUUGCUUUGUUGGUGCGAACAACAAGAUUUUUCAGUGCUUGGUUUAAAAGUGAAAAUGAUUAAAAAACAAUCUGUUUCUAAACCAAAUGGAAUGUAACUGGACUGUGAAUGUGUUUUUGUUCAAUGGAUUAAAACUAUUUGUUAAAAAGUAAAGUUGUGAAAAAUAUGGAGGACUACCGCACGUCAGGGUCGGUGGUGCAGCAGAUCGAUGCCCUGGAGCUGCUGGCCCGCUACUCGAUGACGUCAGCGCGCGGCACCAGCGUGCUCUCAUCGCUGCACGAGUUCCGAGUGCACGAGUCCGAGCAGACCGGCAGCAAGCAAUGGAACUGGAAGUAUCUUAGGGACCAAUUCGACCAGAAGGACCUAGAAGGCCUCUACCGGCGGUACGACGACAAGCUGCGCGAGUCCCUCAUCUACAUCUACAUUUCUCUGCUGGUGCUGUUCACCACCACGCACAUCGUGGCCGUCGUCACCAGCACUUAUUGGGAGCUGGUCCAGUGGCACUCCACCUAUCUGUCCAUGGUGCUAUACUCGCUGCGCAUCGCCGUACCAGCCCUGUUCCUCUUCAAGGGCUUCUACGACCCCAUGAAGAAGAAGUGGUUCUGGAUACCGAUAUUUGUGACUUUCGUCAUCACUGUGGAUUUGGUGUUCACUGACAUAUCAAUAGCAAUAUUCAGCUCGGUGGAAGGCGUGGCGCUGCGGCCCGCAUACGCCGCCAUCGCUCUGCUCUCCCUCUACAUAUUCCUGCCAAUGAGGAAUAACUUCAUAGCCAUCAUCUUUGGGGUCUUCGUGAGUGUCGUCUACAUCAUCGUGUUGGCUUUCUCGACCUACGCUGAUGACCCGGCUAUUGGGGUUGUGGUAUCAUCUGACAUAAUAUUCCUGGUGGGAGUGAACCUGAUGGGCACAUACUUCCGUCUCAUGAACGAGAUCGUGACGAGGAGGUCUUUCCUCGACCGACGAGCGUGUGUGGAGAGCACGCUUCGACUCAAGUUUGUGAAAGAUCAAGAGGAACGUCUCAUGUUAAGUAUUUUGCCUGAGCACAUCGUGUCGAGGGUACGAGAGGACAUAAGGACCAUGUUCCUGAACAUUCAGAACGGCAGUUUCAGCCGCUCUAAGAGAACUUUCAGCCAGCUGUACGUGGAGGAACACGACAACGUGAGCAUCCUGUACGCGGACGUGGUGAACUACACCAUGAUCUCCACCACCCUGGCGCCGGAGCGCAUGGUGGAGCUGCUGAACGAACUGUUCGGCAGGUUCGACGAGGCUUCUGAGGAGCACGACGUUCUAAGGAUAAAGUUCCUGGGCGAUUGCUACUACUGCGUGAGCGGCAUCCCCAACCCCACAGCGAGACACGCCAAGAACUGCGUCGACUUGGGACUGGAAAUGAUCCGCAUUAUCAAGGACGUGAGGGAAAAGCGAUCACUGAACAUAGACAUGCGUAUCGGAGUCCACACUGGGAAGAUUCUGAGUGGCCUCAUUGGAAUGAGGAAGUGGCAGUUCGAUAUUUGGUCCAAAGAUGUCACCAUUGCCAACAAAAUGGAAUCUACCGGGAAACCCGGAAAGGUCCACGUGACCCAGCAGACUUUAGAAGAGCUGCUGCCACACGCCAGGGAGUAUAUAAUCGAACCCAACUUCGAUUCCCAAAACGACCCGUUCAUCAUGAAGAACAAGUUGGAAACUUAUCUACUAUCGAAGCCAAACAGACCAGGAUCAGACUACUAUGAGCCAUUCCGCCGAGCAUCAGUGGGAAUCCAGAAAAUCAUUAAGAAGACAGCCACCAGCGGAAGACGUUCGGACAUUAGGACCUCAAUGAACCCUCGCAGUGCGAACAAAUUCAUGGAUGACAACCUCGUUGAGUACCAACAAAUGCUGAAGGCUGCUGAUGCUCAAAUGGCAAAGGAAAUCGAAGACAUGACCAAUGGAAAAGAGCACUUCAAGAAGGAAUCCAAAUUGAACAGAUGGACUCUGAUGUACAAGAGCUUUCAACUUGAGAAGACGUAUUUGGUGCUACCGGAUCCAUUGUUUAAAUAUUACAUUUUGUGCUGCCUCAUAAUAUUCUUAUUGAUUUCGAUCAUCAAUGGGUUGACUACAAGAUGGUUCCAAGGAUUUUAUUGGUACACAUGGACAAUAUUUGCAGUAUUGCUUGUAUUCCUGAUGGUAAUGCAGCCUUUGACUUGGUUCCAAUUUCUGUGGAUCAAGUACCGAGGGAUCGAAGAACCAAAAAACGAAUAUCUUAGAAAGAUCUACGACACGUCUGCAAAUAUAAUCAAGUCAGUCAAAUUGAGGACUGGAAUGUACUUAUUGAUCAGUAUUGGUUUAGCUGCGUCGUCUAUGGUCAAUGUUAUUGGAUGUUUGCAAGUUAAAGUGGAAGGAACCGAUACAGUCAUCUCGAAUUGUGUUUCGUCUUGGCACGUAACCCAAAGCUGGUGUCUCGCUUUGCUGCUCAACUUUCUCUUCAGCCGAGUAUUCUUCAUCUUCAAAUGGCUAGUCGCGGGCGGAAUGACUAUUUUCUAUCUAGGAGUGGUUUGGGAAAUGAAGAGUCCACUAUUUGCCCAAGAUGCUUCCUGGAACGUAGGCAUGGACGCCAGAAUCUCACACACACUAGCCGUAGUAUUUAUAACCAUAACGCUGUAUUGGAUAGACAGGACGACGGAAUAUAGGAACAGGCUGGAUCACCUCUGGCAGAUGCAGUUGAAGGAUGAACAGACGGAGGCCGAGACAAUGUUAAAAGUCAACAAUAUGCUGUUGGAAAAUAUACUCCCUGCUCAUGUUGUUCAGGUGUACUUGGAUAUAAACAGACCAGUUGAUGAGCUAUACUACGAGAAGUUUGAUAAUGUAGCCGUUAUGUUCGCCUCCUUGACUGAUUACAAACUCGGAGUCGAAAACGAUGCUGACCUGAACGACAAAUUCUUACUGCAAAUUCUGGAUGAAGUGAUUUCGGACUUUGAUCGGCUAUUGUUGAACGCAGCAUCAGAACACAAAGUGGAAAAGAUCAAGAUGGCGGGAUGGACAUACAUGGCAGCGUGUGGCCUGGACCCCACCAGGCGGCAGUCUGACGACACGAUCUCUUACACCUCCGUCAUAGAACGGAGACAGAACAACUCCUAUAACAGAGCUAUUGUCCUCACCAUGGUCGAGUUUGCGGCAGCCAUGAUGAUGCAACUGCAGACUUUCAACAAAGGAUCCUUUCAGAGUUUUGAAGGCCUCAAUAUUAGGAUAGGCAUAUCAAAUGGUAAAGUGGCGGCAGGAGUAGUGGGCUCUUUGAAACCGCUAUAUGAUAUAUGGGGCCACGCCGUCAACAUGGCUUCAAGAAUGGACUCUACAGGCGAAAGAGGAAAGAUUCAAGUGACCGAAACUACAGCUCUGAUACUGGACGAGUGCGGAGUUUUGACGACGUACAGAGGCCAGACCUUCGUAAAAGGCGCCGGCUACAUCAGAACAUACUUCGUUCCUCUAGAUGACAAUUUCCACCUGAUAAGAAAAGAAAACAGUUUGCAGUUUUACCGAUCAGCUGAUCGAGAUCGCUACUACAACAUUCGAAAUGUUAUAAUGACUGAAACCGAUGUCGAUGAAGACAUCGAUGCGGAAAACUCGAAUUUCAAUGUUCGACAACUUUCUCAGGACGAUAGCAGCGACAGUGCCACUGGGAGUGAAAUUAAAGAAGAUUCACACGAAAUCAUGGAUGAUGAGAGUGUCAGCUCUUAUACUGAUAGUAUGCUAAGUUAUACUAAUAGUGAGAAUCCUGAAAUCGUAAUCACGCAUUGCUGAAAUAUAAGCCCUCUCAAUAAUUUUAGAAGCGAGACCUUUACGUACAUAAUAAUGUUACAGAGGCUUGAUUUGA